CAACGCUCAAGUGCGAGCGGUAAAGCAUACGAUGCUUCAUUCUGCUCGUAAUUCUUUACGGCUUUUAUCGGUGGCUCGCGCACCUAACCUCCGUUUCAUCUCGGGGGCAGCACACACCCUCGAGGUCCGUCACAAAAUCGAGGAAACUCGCGAUAAGAUCGUACUUGGGGGUGGUCAGAAACGUAUCGAUGCGCAGCACAAGCGUGGCAAGCUGACGGCACGCGAACGUAUCGAUCUAUUGGCCGAUCCUGACACAUUUGUGGAGUACGACGCCUUCAUGGAACAUGACUGUUAUGACUUUGACAUGCAAAAACAGCGGGUCACUGGAGACAGUGUUGUUACCGGUCACUGUCAGGUCAAUGGAAAAACUGUCUACCUGUUCAGUCAAGACUUUACCGUAUUUGGUGGAAGUUUGAGCCUGGUUCAUGCUCGAAAGAUCUGCAAGGUCUUGGAUCAAGCUAUGCUCGUCGGAGCUCCUGUGAUUGGUUUGAAUGACUCGGGUGGUGCACGCAUCCAAGAGGGCGUAGCAUCGCUGGCCGGCUAUGCAGAUAUCUUCCAGCGCAACGUGAACGCCUCCGGUGUCAUUCCACAAAUCUCUCUCAUCAUGGGUCCCUGUGCUGGUGGUGCUGUUUACUCCCCCGCCCUGACAGAUUUUAUUUUCAUGGUUCAAGAUACCUCAUAUAUGUUCAUCACAGGUCCAGACGUAGUCAAGUCAGUGACAAAUGAGGAUGUCACCCAGGAUGAACUGGGUGGUGCAAAAACUCAUUGCAGUGUCUCUGGCGUGGCCCAUAGGGCCUACCAGAACGACGUGGAGGCCAUACUCAGUGUUCGUGACUUUUUGACCUACUUACCGUCGUCCAAUAGACAGACAUGCGCUCCGGUGCGUGAAUGUCACGAUCCAGUGGACCGACUGGUUCCAGCUUUAAAUACGAUUGUCCCACUGGAGCCUACCAGUGCCUACGAUAUGUACGAGGUCAUCUAUGCAAUCGUGGAUGAACGCGAAUUUUUUGAAAUCAUGCCUUCGUAUGCGAAGAACCUCAUCGUCGGAUUCGCUCGCCUUGGAGGCCGUACAGUUGGUGUGGUUGCCAACCAGCCCCGUGUAUCAGCCGGCUGCCUGGAUAUCAACUGUUCGGUGAAGGGUGCUCGAUUCGUUCGUUUCUGCGAUGCAUUCAACAUCCCGCUCAUCACAUUUGUCGAUGUCCCCGGUUUUCUGCCAGGAACUAAUCAGGAAUACGGUGGUAUCAUUCGACAUGGAGCGAAGCUUCUGUUCGCCUUUGCUGAGGCUACUGUGCCUAAACUGACCGUGACCACGCGUAAAUCCUACGGCGGAGCCUACUGUGUGAUGAGUAGCAAGCACCUCCGUGGGGAUAUCAAUUAUGCUUGGCCCUCAGCGGAGGUGGCUGUAAUGGGUGCCAAAGGUGCGGUCCAAAUCAUUUUUCGUGGAAAAGAGAACCAGGCUCAGGCCGAAGAGGACUACAUUCGAACGUUUGCGAACCCAUUCCCAGCUUCUGUUCGAGGCUAUAUGGAUGAUAUCCUAGAUCCUCCACUGACACGGAAACGCCUUUGCCAUGAUCUGGAAAUGCUGCAGACCAAGUCGUUGACGAACCCGUGGAAGAAACAUGCCAAUAUGCCUUUGUAACAGAUUCACCGCCUUACACGCAUCCUCUUCCGAAUUCUUCGUUUGUGUUUUUUGUUAAUUAAUGUGUCAUGACUAGUCAAUGAUUAUUCGUUAUUAUUUUUUAUUUUUAUAUGCAACAGUUAUUGUGUGUGAGCAAUAACAUUUCCCCGUGCAUUCCUUCUGU